AACAGCUGCUUUUGGUGAAGUCUCUGGAUUUUACAAGACUACACAAGAACAGUGAGUUUUAAAGUCAACAACUUGUGUUUAAAAAAACAAAACUGUGGCUUAAUAAGUGACAUUUGAGAUGAGUGCAUCCAAACCCGAGAAAAGUGUUGAGGUGAGAAUCGAACACUCUCUGAAUGAGAACGAGGAGGAGUUUGUAGCCAGAAGGAGAAUUGCUGUUCUACAAAGUUUGAAUAAACUUAAGAUACGCUGCAGUCAGGAUGAAGUCCCAAACAUUGCAUUACUGGGUUCUGGAGGAGGACAAAGAGCCAUGGUGGGAUUGCUGGGAUCCCUGGUUCAGCUCCAGAAAACAGGUCUUCUGGACUCCAUCCUUUAUCUGAGCGGAGUCUCUGGAUCCACCUGGUGUAUGGCCUCCUUAUAUCAGGAAUCAAACUGGUCCACCGAACUAGAGACUGUGAAAGACAAGAUCAUCCAGAGACUCAGCAGUUCUGAAGUCAGCUGGAAAGAAGCAUUUGCCAAACUGAAGAAAUAUUACGACGAGAAAGAUGAAAAGAUAUUCAGUUUGACUGACGUCUUUGCAGCGAUGGUCAUCACAACAUAUGUGAAAGAGAUAGAUGAACGCACACUCACAGAUCAGUGGGACCACCAGAGUAAAGACCCGUUUCCCAUCUACAUGGCGAUCGACAAACACUGCAAACAGAACAAUGAUGCAGACCCCUGGUUUGAGUUCACUCCAUAUGAAGCAGGUUAUUCCCUCACUGGAGCAUUUGUGGAAACCUCCAGCUUUGGCAGCAAGUUUGAAAAUGGCUGUAAGAUCAAGAACCAGCCUGAAAUUGACAUGCUGUACCUGCAAGCUCUGUGUGGCAGCGUUUUAGCUGAUGGAGACGAGAACAAGAAAUUCCUCUUGGAAAAAAUAAAAGAUUCCUCAAGUUUUGUAAGACCUGAAAGUAAAACACAAAUGAAGAGGUGUAAGAAAAUGAGGGAAGAAGAUCCAACGUCUCUUUCUGAGGACGAAUGUUACAAGGUGCUCAUGGAUCUCGUGGAUAUGAAUCUCUCAGUUUUGAAUGGCAAUGAUCCAUCUGCUCUGGAUGAAUCCAUCAGAACAAAGCUGAACAAGCUCAAUGGAGGCAGACGUCAGAUGGUUCAAGCAAAAAACCUUAAUCUCACUGAUAAAAAAACAGCAAAACAGUAUAUGGAACAAUACACUGAAGAUGUGUAUAAUGAUUUGAAUCGUUGCUUCAGUUUCUGGCCUAAAAAUAUUUGGAUGAGCAUUUUUAAAUGCUUGGCUGACUGGAUCUGGGGUAGGAAUUACAACUUUCUUCACAACAUGAAAGAUAAAGCAGUGCCCUCCACUCUUCUGGAAAGUGAGACGAGAGACUAUCAAGACGCUGGACUGUUGGUGAACUCACCCUACUUCUCAGUGCUGAGAAAAGAGAGAGACAUCGACCUCAUCAUUGCUCUGGACUUCAGUGAGGCCGAUCCUUUCAAGACAGUGAAGAAAGCUGCUGAGUUGUGCAAGGAACUAAACAUCCCUUUCCCUGAGGUCAACAUUCCCUGUGAAGAUGUAAAGAAACCGAAGGACUUCUACGUGUUCAAAGGCCAAAACACUCCAACUGUGAUCCACAUCCCUCUUUUUAAUGUUGUCAACUGUGGAGAUAAAAUAGAGGAAUGGCGGAAAAAAUAUAGCACCUCUAAAUGGCCUCACAGCGACGUACAGACGAUCACUGAUCUUAUGGAGGUCGCUGGAAAAAACAUCUCAAACAACAAAGACAAUCUGCUGGAGCAGAUUCAUCUGGCCAUAAAAAUACACAAAUAAUGAAUAAUAAACAUCAGUGGUGUGCCGCAUUCUGAAAUAAGGCAGCAAAGUCCUCACUGUUUGUUUUAUUGUUAAAAAAAAAAAAAAAAAAAUUCAAUAGUUUGUGUAAUAUGAUAAAUCAUCUAGCUAUUUUGCCUGAUGGAGUACAGGCAUUCAGAUAAACAGUUAAUGUAAGGAUACGAGCUAACAUGAGCAAAUAACCUUGUUUUAUAAUGUGUUUUCUGUUUAGCUUUUUUUAUUUGUGAGGCUUUAAAAUGUAUUUGAAUAGUUUGAUUAGUCUGCUUCCUUUGUUGUCAUUCUGUGACUUACAGUAGCCUACUGCAUAGUGUUGACAACUUGAAAUAAACCUCUACAAAUGUAUCUGUGGCCUAAUAAAAAGUAUAUAAGCUAUAGCCUGGUUUGAAUAUUCUGUGUCAUCCUUAAUUUCUUGAUUAUUUUGGUAUAUUCAGUGUUUUCCAGACUUUAUCAACCCCUUUUAUCAACCCCAAACUACAAAUGUUUCCUGUUUUCUCAUAUUUUACUGGAUAUCAUGACAAAUUAUCAUUAAAGUCAAACAGGUAAAUGCACACUUGCUGUUAUUUGUCACAUAUUUUUGUUGCAAAGCAAAAUCAAUAUUUUUCAAUAUACCCCUUGGUGCAUGUGCAAUAAUAGAAAAACAUGACAAACAUUGUUAAAAACCUUUCUAAUAAAGAUCUGUAAAGCUUAUUUGGAUUGUACAAAAU